CGCGCCUGGACAGAAAGACAGCGCGCCCCCGCGGCAGUACGGCGCUAAUUUAGAUAGUUUGAAGGAUCAUCAAAACCCCGGAGAAUAAAUCCAUGUCAGUCCACGCGGAUGGGCGCGAGGGAGCCAAAGGUCUUGACGGGGACGGACUCGGUCUGGCUGGACGAGUCUCGCGGCUCAUUGCAGGAGUAAACGCGGGUUCCGGUGGUGAUAUUUGUUGUGUCAGGAAGUUUGACGUAUUCGCUUAAAGCUAAUUUCUCGCUUUGUUUUGACUGGACAGCUCGCGGACAAAAGUUGGAUUAAGGCCGCGGCGCGAAUGCGGUGUGACUCCGUGACUGAUCAAAGACAUUUGUAUUUUUUACAGUUUUAAGGAUACAAAACUUUUUAGUUUGCAGUUUAGUGAAGUCUGCAUUCAACCAACUAAACUUUUUUUUUAUUUGUUUUUGUGUUGCAAACAGAAAAUUAGUUAUAUUCUUUUUAAAAACAUUUCUUUGGUCAUUUUUUUGUCUUGGUUCAGUCGCCAUCGAGUCGCUGUGUCUGAAAUGAAUUCAUAAGUGCAUUUGCUGUAGGCCACAUGGGCUCUUUCAUGACGAGACUUACGCUUAUAAGUUGCAAAUCAAGGUGGUUUUAUUGAAUUCUGGAUGAAAAUGUGAUGCUUUAGGCCUAAAAUAGUCUGAAUAGAAACGUGGCGAAAGAGUGGAGGAAAAUCUGCAAAGUUAGCAGGAAGAGCGCCACCAGUCCAGAAUCACGGAAACCGUGCGGUCUUUCCUCUCUCACCGAUGGAUUGGAUGCGAGCGCGCGGCGACGGCGGCAGCUUCUUCUGCCUAUAUUUGGUUCUGCUGAGAUGAAGCUCUCUCUCUCUGUCCGCUGAGUCUGGGGGGGAAAAAAAUCGACUUUUGGGUGAAAAUGUUUUGGAAAUGUGAGUUUUCCAAAGCUGUCGGACUCCAGCUGCGCGCGGGCUGCCGUCGCAGCUGCAGCGGCUCCAUGUAGACUUUUCCAUCGGAACCUUUGCCUGCUUGUUUUUGGAUACUUAAAAAAAAUCCUGUUAUUGCGCGUGCUCUUUAUAUUUCCGUGGGAAAAGCCCUGGGUCGGGGUGGGGGAUCAGCGCCUCCAUGGGGCACCUUCUCUCAGGUGUGCCAGUCUGACCGCCAGGACUCUGAUGGAUGUAAACAAAGGGGAUCUGUGACGUCACGAGUCCGGCAGGACACCUGUGAGGGGCCGGUCCAGCUGAGAGAACAGGCUGUGGGUGGUUUGGCACCGCAGAAGAAAACAGCUUCUUAUGCAAACAUCGCCACAAUGAAUGAGAGACAGGCUCUCCAUUCCAUCAUGAAGGAUCUGGUGGCGCUACAGAUGACGCGACGCCAGCCUGUGCUGUCCUAUGACAGCGGCAAACCAAAGACGCCGACGCAGGUCAACCGACAGGAUGAUGUGAGGAUAAAGUUUGAGUUCUCAGGGGAGAGGAGGAUCCUGAUGUUUGAAAGGCCUGUGCAGUUUGAGGAAAUUCAGCAAAAAGUCAAGAGCGUGUUUGGUCAGCUGCUGGACCUGUAUUAUGUGAACAAUGAGAUGUCCAUUCCUUUAAGAGGUCAGGACGACUUGGACAAGGCCGUCGACUUGCUGGACCGAAGUUCCAACAUGAAAAGCAUCAGGAUCCUGCUGCUCACUCAGGAGCACAGACAUGCCACCUCUCCCUCCCAUCAUGCACCUUGCAAGCAGGUGAGGAUCAAGUCCUCCCAGUCCACUGGAGAUGUCAGCACGUUGUACCAAUCCUCUGAACCUAGGGGGCGCCACUUAUCAACCGGGUCUCAGAACACUGGGCGAAGUUCUCCACCUCCUGGAUAUGUGCCUGAACGCCAGCAGAGGAUCGCCCGCCAAGGUUCAUACACCAGCAUAAACAGCGAGGGGGAGUUCAUACCCGAGACCAGUGACCAGUGUAUGCUUGAACCCUGGAGCAGCACAGAGAACUCAAUCUCUGGAAGCUGUCAGUCUCUGGAGAGCAACUCAGACAGCCCUUCAGUGAGGAAGUCACGGAUGCACAGAGCUAAAAGCUACCCCGAUAAUCGUCAAGAGUGCGCAGACAGGGAGAACUACAUGUAUGACAGGGUAGCAGGGAAGGGAGGCACCUACCCGCGUCGGUACCACGUUUCCCUGCAUUGCAAAGACCACAAUGAAGGUCGUAGAACAUUUCCACGGAUCCGUCGCCCACAGGGAAACCUGUUCACUUUGGUGCCUUCGAGACGGUCGCUCAACAGCACCGAAGACGGUCUGGGUAGCUGGCAGAUGGUUGACGCACAGGGCCGGCUGCGACCCCAGGAGCGCUCCGUUUCCCACAAAUCGCCCAGCGCUCCAGUGACGUGGCGUCGGGGAAAGCUUCUUGGACAGGGCGCGUUUGGACUGGUUUACCUGUGUUAUGAUGUGGAUACUGGGAGAGAGCUGGCAGCGAAGCAAGUCCAGUUUGACCCUGACAGCCCAGAGACGAGCAAGGAGGUCAGUGCUUUGGAAUGUGAAAUCCAGCUUCUGAAAAACCUGCACCACGAACGCAUCGUUCAGUACUACGGCUGUCUGAGGGACCACAGUGAGAAGACCCUCACCAUCUUCAUGGAGUACAUGCCCGGGGGUUCAGUUAAAGACCAGCUGAAAGCCUACGGCGCCCUGACUGAGAACGUGACGCGGAAGUACACCAGGCAGAUCCUGGAGGGCAUGUCGUAUCUGCACAGCAACAUGAUUGUACACAGAGACAUCAAGGGUGCCAACAUCCUCCGGGAUUCAGCGGGAAACGUGAAGCUCGGAGACUUUGGUGCCAGCAAGAGGCUUCAGACCAUCUGCAUGUCUGGCACCGGCAUCCGCUCUGUGACCGGCACCCCCUACUGGAUGAGUCCGGAAGUGAUCAGUGGAGAGGGCUACGGCAGGAAAGCGGACGUCUGGAGUCUCGGCUGCACCGUGGUGGAGAUGCUCACAGAAAAGCCCCCCUGGGCUGAGUAUGAAGCCAUGGCUGCCAUAUUCAAGAUCGCCACCCAGCCCACCAACCCGCUGCUUCCCUCACACACCUCUGACCAAGCACGCGACUUCAUCCACUGCAUCUUUGUGGAGGCCAAGCACAGGCCGAGUGCCGAGGAGCUGCUCAGACACCCCUUCUCCCAGAUUCUGUGCUGAUGUCGGAACAUCUUCUGGCUCAGAAGCUCUGCGGACGCGUCCAGAGCUUCCAUUUCUGUGGUGGUGGUCCCAAAUGUCAGUGUUCAGCAUCACUGCCAUCAUGUUUUGACGAGUCAAUGUUCUCAUCAGCUCAGAGACACUUGCCUUAAAAUCCAACGCCAGCAGAUAACUUGACUGGAGCGUCCACAAGGGGGAAGCACAGAUCUCUGAUCAGCAGAGGAGCUCUUCGUUCAACAUUAUGAACUGAUGAGAAAAACUAGGAACCCUAAAAGCUCUGGUUGCUUUUAUAGAGGCUAAAACAGGGGAGAAACUUUAAAAUGGGCUGAAAAUGUCAAUUAUUCUCUGGUGCGGAUCAGAUUUCCUUUGUGUUCUCAAACUUGAGGUCUUCAGGGUAAAAUGCACCGUGACUAAAGAAGAUAUUUCUCUUUUAAUAUCAAGGACCUUUGGGUAAAAUAUGAAUCUGAAAUUCCAUAACUUGAAUCCAAUUUCAAUGAUAGUGAAACCUAGUUAUGGAAAAGCGAGCAUCUCUGACCGCCAUCCAUAUGAAUAAAUAAGCUUUUUUGUGUCUUACCCCCGUUUUCUGCCCUGGGGCAUCUCUUCUCUUUGACCCACAGGGUCUGAGAUGUUCUCACAAAAGAAAAUGCCAACUGGGUUUGUAUUGAUUUAGUUGUAAAAAGAUGGAAAUGAAAGUGGAGCAGAGGAUGUUUUUCAGUUUUGUGUUGAAUAAGGCAAAGCCUGAUUGUUUGUUUAUUCAACCCAAACAUUCCUGACUGAGACGCUUAAGCUAAGCAUUUCAUUUAAAUCUGAUGCACUUUUAUGUAAAAUGAUUGCUUUAGGGGUUUUGUUUAAGCUCCAUUUUUGUUCUUUAACUACAAAUGUGAAGCAUUUCACUUUUAUUUAUGUGCCCUGAACAAUCCUAGUAGUUUCUAUUAGGUCAUCUGUGUAUAAAUCUAUAUUUUUGUAUAAUUAGACAGCGUCAGAUCAAAGACUCUUUUGGGACUCGCGUUGGGAAAGUAGUUGAAAGCAGCUGGUUUUGCAGUCAAAUAGAGAAUUUACGGAUGAGAAGUGGGUGGAAGACGAACUCUGGUCGCCUGGCUCUCGCUCCAGUGCAGAUUGUUCACGUUCUCAGCUCUGAUUUGGAGAGCUUCGACACGUCUAAGAAGGUUUUAGGGUGGAAACGGUAAUAGCAUGUGAGCCAAAGACAAGCUGGACAGACCCGGCGCUCAUCUACCCAGAAGAUGACUUUCUUUAUCCGAGGGAUCACAUGUUUGUGGCGCUGCUAUGCUUUAAAGGCAGCUAGAAAUCCUUCCAUGUUGAAAACGAUGCAUUUGGCAGAGCCUGGGAUAAACCAAUGUAGAAAUCUGUACAAAAACAUAUCAGGACAAGACUUGCAGUGCAAAGUCUCUUUCAAGUAUAUUUUACAGGAAGAAUAUAAUAUGCAAAUGUAUGCCUUCUCUCCAAAUUAAAUAUUUUUUUUAACUGAAA